UCCCCGCGUGGCGUUUGUCGCUGAACACGAAGCAAACAAGAACAGUCAUUUACAGUCGAUUUUUAUCACUUUAGUUUUCUAUAUGGCAGGCUUCAAUCGUUUUGGUGGGGGAGGAUUUGGUUCUCUCUAUCCUAAUCUUGGUGGUUUGGGUCAAAAUAACGUCAGUAGAAGAGAUGAUAGGUUCUCUGACGAUCGUGGAAGAAAUGGACGAGGCUUUGAAAGAAGAGACAUCGAUCGCGACUUUGGGAGACGAGAUCCAAGCCCUCGUAGGCGCAGAUUUUCGCCUGAUCCACCAUAUAGCAGUAUACGAGGACGAAGAGAUGAUAGAGCUGAUCUAGGAAGCUACUCCUUGGAUCAUUUGGGUGGCCAGGAUAGCUUUAGCUCAAGAGGUCAGAGAAGUAGUGAUUCCGACUAUAACAGGGCAGGUCGCAACUUGGGAACACCAAAUAGGGGUGAUGGAAUACUAGGAGCCAAACCUGGAGACAUGCCAGUCAACUCUAGUGCAAGUUCAGGAGUUAUAAACCCACAGUUAGCAGCACAGCAGCAGCAGCAGUUAAUGGCAAUGGUCCAAACACAGUCACUUCUUGCAGCCAUCCAGGCCCAAGCUUCAGCAGCAACAAAAAAACAACCACCAUCAUUACUGCAGGGGAUGAGAAUGAAUGAUAGAGGAAUGGACAGGCAGAAUCGUAAGCGUAGAUUCUCACCCAACAGAGGACAGAUGGGGAACAGAAACAUGCAAGGAGGAAACAGACAACGAGACAGAGUUCCACAAGGUAAUAGGUACCGGUCUAGACGUAAUGUAAACAGAGACCGCAUGCGGGCGGAAAGGCACACUGCAAACAGAAAGAUUGAGCCUGGAAAGAAAUCUGAUGAUGAAGGACCAUUUGAAGAACCAUAUGUAGAGGAAAACCCAGAUGAAGAAGAACAGGCUGAACCAGAUGAGAAAAAAGAAGAGUCUAAAGAUACUGAAACUCCUAAGCAAAAAACUGAUGAAAAAAAAGAUGAAUCAACCAAAGAAGAGACCACUGAGAAAGAAGAAACAAAGUCCAAAUCCCAAGAAGAAGACUCUGUUCCCAAAUCAUCCAUGAACCUUGCAGGUCAGAAUGUGGAUAAGCUUACAAGGUCUUUGUUUGAUACCCAUCGCCGUAAAUAUGUCUGCAAAGUCUGUAAGAUCAUGUGCACAAAAGAAACAUGUUUCAGACAACAUCUGUUUGGUAGAAGGCAUGUCAAGACAUGGCUGGAAAACCAAGGACUGUCAUUCGAGGCAGUUAUAUUUAAAAAAGCAACAGAGGAAGCAGCCAAGACUUUGACUGCAAGUGAAACACCAAAACCAGACACUGCAGAGACUUCAAAAGUGAAGACUGAUGAAGCAGUAGAAAAUAAGGAAGAGCAACCUGCAGCAACGGAGUCCACAGAAGUUCCAAGUGCCAAGGAAGAACAAGUUGUCAUCAAGAAAGAACCAACCACAGAACCUCAGCCUGAAGCAAAAGAGGCUCCAAAAGAAGAAAAGAAAGUUCAAAUUUUUGAUGUAAAAUAUUCCUGUGACACUCGUAAAAUGGCUGUGAAAGAUGGGGAAUAUAUAACAAUUACAUCCAUCAAUGAAGCUAGAGUGAAGAUCAAUGGCUUUGAUACUGGACUUAAUACUGGAGGUUGUGAGUUUGUCAAAGCUGUCACUGGUUUCCAAUGUCGACUAUGUAGGUCAUUCAUACAGCAUGGACGGGACGUGUUGUCACAUGUCAAAGGACGAAAACAUCAAACAAAUUACAGGACUUACAUCCGUGAACACCCCAAGUAUGAAGCAAAUCAAAAGAUGAGAAACAAGGAGCUUGAUGAUAUGUUGAGUGAUAGAGAAGGAGAAACCGUUCUCUUGUAUGAAGUUUCUGAUGAAGAAGAAGAAGUCAGGAAUCCCUCAAGAUAUGGUAGACACGAGACUUCAAUAAAUGUCAAACCCGUGAAGUACAUUGCUGCUCAUAGUGAAGAAGGAGGAGAUGAUGAUGAUGACGGUGCAGACCAAUCAAUGGAUGAUAAGAAUGAUGAUGAUGCGCAAGAUGAAAAUAAUGAAAAUGGAAAAGCUGUUGAUGAUGAUGCCUCUCUUGAUGAAGAAAAAGAAGAAACGCAAGACAAAGAAGAAGAAGAUACUAGCGAACAUAACGAAGAUCAUCCAAUGGAAGACGAUCGUCUUGCUGUUGAUGACUCUUUGGUAGAAGAUGAGGAAGAAGAAGAAAAGAUUAACAGCGAAGAGAUUGCAGAUAUAUCUAUAGAACAAGACGUAUCGUUAUCUGAACUGGCAGGCGAAGUAUUGAAUGAUGAAGAACCGCAGAUCAAAAAGACCAGGGCCACGCCUGCUGCAAGACGGGGCAGAAAAUCAGCGCGCGGAGGAGCGCAAGGAGGUCGUGGAAGGGGUCGUGGCAGAGGAACAAAGAAGAGUACAAGACAGGCUCAAAAGGCAAAGCUGGAGCUUACAUCUGAUCAAAACAAUGAAGACGUAGAUUUUAUGGACGGAUUUGAAGUGAUUGAUGAAGUAAAUGAGGACAAUUAAAUGAAGUCUUUGAAUGUAAAUAGAUUAGAUACUGAUUUUACUUCCUGAGCUUUUUGUUUAAUAUCAAACACUUACUCACCGAGGAAAGGAUGAAAGAAAAGUAGAUAUUAUGUAAAAGUGUAAAAAUAAUUCAUCGCAAAAAAGCUAGAUGGAUGCCAAUCUGAUGGAAAGUUAUCGUUUUGUUGUUGUUUUUUAUUUCCAUUUCAUAUGAAGUGACUAUUUCUGAAUUUUACACAUAUUUACAUUGUAAAAGUAAGUCUAGACUAUUAUUAUCAGUUGAACUAAAUAAACGUCUUGAAAAGUC